AGCGUUUGUCAGAUAAAGUCUUUCACUUGCUUCUAGACCAACGAUCAUGUCGCUAAACCCGCCGUUCACCGCAGAGACAGCCCGUCUGAAAGUCAAAAAGGCGCAGGACUUGUGGAAUACCCAGGAUCCUAGGACCGUCGCUAAAGCCUAUACUCCGGAUAGCAUCUGGCGGAACCGCUCGUCGUUUCUAUCUGGCACCCAAGCCAUCGAACACUUCCUCACCAAGAAGUGGGAAAAGGAGAAGAGCUAUCGACUUCGCAAGGAGCUGUUCGCCUUCACGGACAACAAGAUUGCGGUGCAAUUCUGGUAUGAGUAUCAGGACUCUCAUGAUGGCAUGAAAUGGAAGCGGUGCUACGGGUUGGAGGACUGGACAUUCGCCGAAGAUGGCAGGAUGCGCAAGCGGAUGAUGAGUGGAAAUGACGUUGAAAUCACCGAUACCGAGCGAUGGUACAAAGAGGGCGUUGAUGUUGAGGAUGUUCAGAUAUCCGAAGCUCACUGGUAGAACAUGAUCUUCGACGACAGCGGAGAGCGCAGUAGAAGUCGAUAAAAUUGUAUUUACGAUGGCCGGACGUGCCUCCAUUCUUUGACCUUUUAACGCCAAUGAUUCAAGGGUAUAAUGCCAAACG